AUGGCGCUAGUUAUCAGUCGUGCAGAUGUUACUUUGGAAGCUCUUCAGCUGCUCGAAACGCUCAAUUCGUCUUCGUCCUGCAAUAAGCUUGCCGCCACAAAGCUCGUCUCGUCGUGCAAAUCUAUAGGUCGAAAUGCGGAAAGUACAGGCGGCUCUGACACUUACCUCACUCUGGAACGUGUUCGUUCUCUUUACGCCGCGAGACUGGCAAUAUGUGAGCUUCGUGAAGCGGGGAUACCUACUCCCUCAGCUUGCCGUUCAGUGGAUCAUUUUCAGCCACCUAGAAGAGGGCUUUGGGGCCGGCACCCCAGGAACAGCUUCGUAACCGACAUCGACAAUAUGCCGAAAUCAGACUUUGAGCCAUGUAUCAGGGUGUUAGAGUCACGGCCCCAAUGGUGGACAUCUUAUAGCAACAGCAAGCAGAAUGCAGUAAUCAUCUGUCAAGCAUCGAGGAUUGAGAUAGACAAGGAAGACAUCCUAGAAACCUAUAACUCCAUCCUCCACAGCUCUGCUAAGCUGAGCGAUGGCCUUCAUGAAGCGCUUAGAACAGCCGCUGAGGAAUCCACCAGGAGUAGGGCCUUUUUGCAAUCAACCGAGCUGCUCAGGAAAGAAAUGUUGCGGGAAAUGCAAGAGUCUACGUCCACUCUGCUUGAAAGGAUGUUCCAUAACCUGGAGACUCGCCUUGGCCUACUUACCGAGGUCAUAUCCUCAACACUUCACCGAUUUCGGCUCGGGUUAUCGAGCCUCGAAGGGGUCAGUCAAAGCCUCGCUAUCCCCGUGCGUAAUGCCGAGAAGCAUAAUGAGCUCGCGUUGUCUCUACAGUCUAAGCUGAAGUCAAUCACUAAAGAUGAUAUUACCGAACUCAGACAGGGCGUGGAAAAUAUAGAUUCUUCCCUAGAGUGGCUCUACGCAAGAAUAGUACGGAUAUACGAGGAAGAAGCAAGCGUUUCCGAGCGCCUUCGAGGCAUAGAAUCGUCGCUCGCGGAGUUUCAGCAACGGGCUGACAAUCUUGACAAAGUCCAGCAGCGCCAAUACGAGAUCGCAGUAGCCCAGGCGCAAGCACAGCAGGUGUUGGAAGAGAAUAUGCGGAUCUCUAAAGGAAUCCUAGAUCAGACGAUGUCUACGGCAGCAAACCUGCAAGCAAUGAUCGGCGAAACAGCUGAUACUGCCGAAGCAAUAAGACACUACAUCCCCACAUUGCCUCCCAUCAAGUGCACCGAUUUGAUCUACUGUGCCUUUGAUUUCCUUAAGUUUCAGAGACCAUGUGAAUGGUUAGCGUUCUCUAUGUGUCACCAUAAGCGUUAUCGGGCGCGGCCCGUCCGUGAUGCCAAAGCUUCGACGGGACUGAGAAUCGGCAGAGUCAUUUGCCAUCCCCUCACAGGUUUCGUUACAAUUCGAGCCCGGCAGCUGCAGGGUCAGGCAUACUCCCUAAGCAAUCUGGCUUUCCCGCAUGCGUCAUCGAUGCACCGCACCAUCGCUUGUGCAAUGCGCUCCACUGCUGUGCGGUACAUCUUCGGAUAA